UCCGGCGCAGGCCUGCCGCCCGGCAGUCGCUCCGCUCCGCCCCCCGGCCCCGACUCGGCCACGCGCGCGGGCUGGCCAGCACCGGCCUCGAGGUCCUGCAGUUGUGCAGCAGUCACCACCGUCUGUCCCAGAACAUUUUCAUAAUCCCAGAAGGCACCUGCACCCCAAUGGGAGCUGUCACCUCCCACUUUCCCGUCUUCCAGCCCUAGACCAUGACUGUAUCUGCAGACUGGGAAUCARGUGCUCUUGGGCAGGUGGUGCUCCUGGACAGGCACCUGGUUGAUCUGUCCUCAGGGAUGGCGGCCAUCAACCCGUGGGCCUCGUGGGGUGCCCUUAUGGACCAGUCCUGGGGGAUGGCAGCUGUUGACCCGUGGGCCUCCUGGGCUCUGUGUCCUCAGGACUCUGCGUGGCUCAUGGAUGGGAGCAACGAGGAGGGGAGGAGGGCUGCUGGGCACCCAGCAGCCCAGGUCCAGGAACCAGUGACCUUCGAGGACGUGGCUGUGGACUUCACCCAAGAAGAGUGGGGGCAACUAGAUCUUGUGCAGAGGACUCUGUACCGGGACGUGAUGCUGGAGACCUAUGGGCACCUGCUCUCUGUGGGGAAUCAGAUUGCCAAGCCUGAGGUCAUCUCCCUGUUGGAACAAGGAGAAGAACCGUGGUUGGUGGAGCAGACGUGUCCCGAGAGCUCUUGUCCAGAGUGGAUGAGAGGUCAUGAAAGCAGUGCCUUGAUCCCAGCACAGAGUACUUUCAAUGAAGAACAAUCCCACGGCAUGAAGUUGAAAAGAUACAUAUGGGAUGAUCCUUGGUUUUCUAGGUUAGGAGUUUGGGGAUGUAAAGACCAAUUAGAAAUGUGCCAUACAAACCAGAGUACAGCUAUGAGGCAAAUGGUCUUCAUGCAAAAACAAGUCCUGUCUCAGAGAGGACUGAAUUCUGAAUUCUGUGGACUGGGGGCAGAGUAUAGCCAGAGCGUAAACUUCGUUCCCUGUCAGAGGGUUUCUCAGUUAGAGCAUUUCUAUAAACCUGAUGUKCAUGCUGAAAGCUGGAGGUGCAACUCAGCCAUAAUGUAUGCAGAUAAGAUCACCUGUGAAAACAGUGAUUAUGACAAAGCCCUGUACCAGUCCCUCCACCCUGUUCACCCUGUAAAAAUGCAAACUGGGGAUGAUCUUUUCAAAUGUACUGAUGCUGUUAAGUCUUUCAACCAUAUAAUACAUUUUGGUGAUCAUAAAGGAAUGCACACAGGAGAAAAACUGUAUGAGUAUAAGGAGUGCCAUCAAAUCUUUAACCAGAGCCCAUCCUUUAAUGAACAUCCAAGACUCCAUAUGGGAGAAAACCAGUAUGAUUACAAAGAAUAUGAGAAUAUCUUUUACUUCUCAUCCUUUAUGGAACAUCAGAAACUUGGUGCUGUAGAGAAAGUGUGUAAAUACAAUGAGUGGGAGAAAGUCUUUGGGUAUGACUCGUUCCUCACUCAACACACAAGCUCUUACAAUGCAGAGAAGCCCUUUGAGUACAGUGAGUGUGGCACGUCCUUCAUCUGGAGCUCCUACCUGAUUCAGCAUAAGAAGAGUCAUGCUGGAGAGAAGCCCUAUGAAUGUGACAAGUGUGGAAAAGCUUUUAGGAAUCGUUCCGCCCUUACUAAACACGAGCGGACUCACACUGGAAUAAAACCCUAUGAAUGUAACAAGUGUGGAAAAGCCUUUAGCUGGAAUUCUCACCUUGUUGUACACAAGAGGAUACAUACAGGAGAAAAACCUUAUGUAUGUAAUGAGUGUGGGAAAUCUUUCAACUGGAACUCCCAUCUUAUUGGACACCAGAGGACUCAUACUGGAGAGAAGCCUUUUGAGUGUACAGAGUGUGGGAAGUCUUUCAGCUGGAGCUCCCACCUCAUUGCCCACAUGAGAAUGCAUACUGGAGAGAAGCCCUUUAAAUGUGACGAGUGUGAGAAGGCUUUUAGGGAUUACUCAGCCCUUAGUAAACACGAACGAACUCACUCUGGAGCAAAACCAUAUAAAUGCACUGAGUGUGGAAAAUCCUUCAGCUGGAGCUCCCAUCUCAUUGCCCACCAGAGAACUCACACAGGGGAGAAACCCUAUAACUGCCAGGAAUGUGGCAAAGCAUUCAGAGAACGCUCAGCCCUCACUAAGCAUGAAAUCAUUCAUUCUGGAAUUAAGCCCUAUGAAUGUAACAAAUGUGGGAAAUCCUGCAGCCAAAUGGCUCACCUUGUUAGGCAUCAAAGGACUCACACUGGAGAAAAACCCUAUGAGUGCAAUAAAUGUGGGAAGUCCUUCAGUCAGAGCUGUCACCUGGUGGCUCAUCGGAGAAUUCACACUGGUGAGAAACCCUAUAAAUGUAAUCAGUGUGAAAGGUCCUUUAACUGUAGCUCUCACCUUAUUGCACACCGGAGAACUCACACUGGAGAGAAACCAUACAGAUGUAAUGAAUGUGGGAAGGCAUUCAAUGAGAGCUCUUCCCUGAUUGUGCACCUGAGAAACCACACUGGAGAGAAGCCCUACAAGUGUAACCACUGUGAGAAAGCUUUCUGUAAGAAUUCCUCCCUUAUCAUCCACCAGAGAAUGCACAGUGGAGAGAAGCGCUUCAUAUGCAGCCAGUGUGGAAGAGCCUUCAGCGGCCACUCGGCCCUGCUUCAGCACCAGAGGAGUCACAGCGAGGAGAAACGUCCUUGAAUUGAUCAGAGGGUUUCAUUUCUUGUACAUUUGAUGACCUAUGGGAGAAAACCCUAUAAAUAAAAUCAAAAGGGAAAGCUUCUCAUUAAGAAUUCAAUAAGACUCCCCCUUUCUCCUUCAGUAGGGAAUAUCUUAGAAGUAAUGGUAUGAAUGAGAAAAUUAGGGAAAGGGUUUCUGCAGUCUUCAGCCCUUUCAGCCUCAUAUCAACACAGAGAAGGAAGCUCUGGACUCCGCACGCAGCCCACCGGGAGCCUGUGCUUGAGGAUCUGGCGGGGGCACCCUUCAGCAGGAGCUCCCACCUCUGUGAUCGUGUGCUCUGUGGGGGGGUCGUGCAGAGCGGGUUGGACUGGAAUGUACUUCUCAAGGAGCUGAGAUGUGGGUGGAAAUCUUUGUAACACCGUUUUAUGCAUAAUUACAGAAAUGCAGAUAGAUUUGGCUUUUAUAGGGGCAGGGUUUAGUGCCCUUUAAGGGGUAGAAUAUGGGAUAUUAAUCUGGUUCCAGAAAGGAAAUAGUGUAGUUUUGAGUGGGGUGUUUGCUGUUGCUCAAGAUGAACUCCUUAGACAAGAUGAGUGCGUGAGAUCACUGAGGGCAGAAAGGGUGCAGCCUGGAAGGGAGAGGCUGGUGUGGGCCGAAGGUGACUCACCACCUGGGGCCAGGGUCCACUGCCUGUCUCUGCUCAUGACUCCCUCCUUGGGUGGUAGUUGGUAAUUUGUUUUAGGCAAUCACUAUAAAUUAUUACUUUGGACAUGGCUUCAAUAUACCUAGCACAAAGGAAUUAAAAGAACAUAGAAUUGUGUGUGAUAUCUACUAUAACAGAUCUAAAAAAUGUGUAUAUGGAUAAGGACCUGAGGGGCCCAUGGAGAAAUUAACCCACUUAAUUUAAGAUGUUUUCGUUUUGUUCUUCAGGUACUUAUAGCACUUAUCAUUUGCCGUUUUGUUUUAAAUGCUUUUCAGAUAUUAAAUUGUUUAAUCCCAUUAACUAGGUACUACCAUUACCCCAGUUUUCCAAAUGGGGAACCAAGGCAGAAAUGUCGGGGAACCCRGCUGAGGACCAGAGCUAGUAAGGAGGAGAGCUGAGGUUGGCUCCAGAGGCCGUGUCCCAACCACUGUGCUCUGCRUCUCUAGUGAUACUUCACCCUCAUGUUCCCCUUUUGUUUAGUGUUUCUAUA